GCAGCACCAAACAAGCACAGUGCAGUUUACAGGGAAGUGUCUGCACCAAACCGAAACUAACUCCACUAAACAUCAAUCACACAAUGGCAACAGUGCAAGUUUGUGUCCUGGUUGUUGUCCUCUCCACAGCUUUGGCUGAAGACUUUAAAUUAAAAUACAAACCAUCCAUGAAACCUGUCCGAUUAUUCACCGAGGAGGAGCUGCAGGGAUACGACGGAAGCAUGGAGGGAGAUCCUAUCUACAUGGCAGUAAAAGGAGUAGUGUUUGAUGUCACCAAGGGAAAAGAGUUUUAUGGAAAAGGUGCCCCAUACAACUCCCUGGUAGGUAAGGACUCCACGCGGGCUGUGGCUAAGAUGUCCCUGGACCCAGCAGACCUGACAUCAGAUACGACUGGCCUCACUGAAGACCAGCUGGAGUCUCUGGAUAGUGUAUUUGAAGGGACGUACAAAACAAAGUAUCCCAUUGUGGGUUACACAGCGUCACGCAUCCUCACCGACGAUGGGAGUCCCAACGAAGCCUUCAAACCAGAGGACCAGCCUCAUUUUCAAAUGAAGGAUGAGUUUUAAUCUCAUUUUACCUUUUCGUAAAAUAUAGUUGUGAAAAAAUAUUCUUAUUUUUUUUCUUUUUACUUGAAUAGAAUCAGAGCCUUGUAUGCCAAGCGCAAUAUGUGUACAAGAGAAGAACAAAAUACAUAUUGUAGAAACACUUUUUAUUCAUAUUUAUGUCAACUUAAGGUUUACAUGAACCUCUAUUAACUGUGUGAGCUUUAACUGCACUGUCCCUAAGGAACCAUUUCAAUACUUAUUUUGCCUUUUUAAAAAAGAACAACAAAAAACAUAUCAAGAUUCAAAUCAGGCUGUGUGAUAAAAAUCGUGAAAUACAGACUAAAAUGUUGCAGGAUUUUAAAGAUCCCAUCCAGACAGGUUUUAAGACAUUUCAAAAUACUCUCUAUUGAACACAGACUGUGUUUUUCAAUUCAUACCUUUUUUGACAAACUGCACAGUGAAACUCAAAUCAAGUAGAAAUGAGCAAAUGACCUUUUGUAAUGUAGAGGGAUUGCAUUAUAUGUGGUUACAGUGAUUCAGUCUUCUACAUUUGUCAGAGCAAUAAGAACAGAUUAAACAUUAAACCCCGUCUAUCUAUUUGGAAAGAGGGAGUGAGCUGACAGACCAGAUGUAAUUAUCAAACCUAACAUCAACAGUCAAAUUCCAAAGAAUUAAGUUUUAUUAUGGCCACUAUCUUUCAUUUUUAUAGUUGAGUCGUUUAAUCCUUAAAUCUGAAAAAAAAAAAUCUGAAAAUAGUGAAAAAAUACCCAGGAUUUUUUUUAUCCAAUAAUGUCUUCAAAUGUCUUGAAAAUAAGACAUUUACAGUGACUAAGUGUUUGGAAAAGCAGAAAAACUGUCACAUUGAGAAGCUGGAGCGAAAACACAUUUUGGCUUGUUGCUUGCUAAAUGACAAAUUGUUAUCAGAAUUGUUGCCAGUUUGUUCCCUGUAAAUUGACUUUUCCAUUAAUUGCUUCAACUUUAUAUUUUUUGUCAUAAAAUUCAUUGUCCAGUAGAAUAUUUAUGUAAUGAAAAACCACUGAAUCCACAUCCGUGUGAAUGUUUACAUGAUCAGAAUCUGUCCUUUUGUUUUCUACCUAAUGUUUCUUUUGUACAAUUAUCAUUAAA